GAAUUUAUGAAGGCGGGACGAUAUACAAUUGUGACCAAUUGGAGGGUCAGAAGCGUAAAGCUCCCGCACGGAUUCUGUUGUGCUGUCCAGGCGUCUGUAGGGAGAGUCCUGUCGCUAUGGAUGCGUAAUGCGUUGGGUCCUGUAAUCAGGAUACGACACAGGAUUGGCGGAAGAGAGCAGUUUAUCGUCACGUUGCUGCUGACACAGACACAGGAUGGUGGUGGAGGUGGAAGGCUUCUACGGCGUGUAUCUCUUGUACUGCACUAACCCAAAAUACAAAGGCCGCAUCUAUAUCGGCUUCACGGUGAACCCAGAGAGGCGCAUCCAGCAGCACAAUGGCGGAAAGCACAAGGGAGGAGCCUGGAAGACCAGCGGGAGAGGACCCUGGGACAUGGUGAUGAUAGUCCAUGGAUUUCCCAAUGAUAUCGCAGCCCUGCGGUUUGAGUGGGCAUGGCAGCACCCACACGUCUCUCGCCGCCUCACUCACGUACCACGCAAGACGAAGAAACAGUCCAGCUUCGACUUCCACCUGAUGGUCCUCUAUCACAUGUUGCGGGUGGCUCCGUGGAACCGUCUGCCCCUCACCCUGCGAUGGCUUCGGCAAGAGUACCACAAAGAGCUACCCCCGCUUCUGCAGCCUCCCUUGCACAUGCCCCUAGCAUUUGGGCAGGUCAGGGCCAAGCCAAUCGCUAAAGCACAAGGAGAGAAGGGUCAAGGGGAGCAAGGAGUGGCUGAGGAGCAAGUCCUUCACAGACUGAGCGCCCCACAGCGAUGCCGGGUCUGCUUUAACAAAGUACAGAGUGAAGAUGACGCCAUUCACUGCUUCCACCCCGGCUGUUCCCUGACCGCCCACAUCCUGUGUCUUGCUAAACUCUUCCUCCAGCACGAACCCGGACACCUCAUCCCCGUGGAGGGUCUCUGUCCCAGCUGUGGGAAUUCUGUACUGUGGGGAGAUCUGAUCCGAUACAAGAAAGGCUGCUAUGGAGAUUUGGAAGAGGUCUCAAACUCCCAGGCUCACUGGGUGGAUGAGUUACACAACUGAUGCCUGGAGUGAUGACAGUGUUCUGCUGUCCAGGGAAGAAGCCCAUUCCCCUGCUGGUGUUCUGCUGCACAGGGAAGACGUCUGUUCCUCUGCCGCACAGGGAAGACGCUGGUUCCCCUGCCGGUGUUCUGCCGCACAGGGAAGACGUUGGGUCCUCUACCGCACAGGGAAGACGCUGGUUCCCCUGCCCGUGUUCUGCCGCACAGGGAAGACGCUGGUUCCUCUGCCGCACAGGGAAGAUGCUGGUUCCCCUGCUGGUGUUCUGCCGCACAGGGAAGAUGCUGGUUCCCCUGCCAGUGUUCUGCCGCACAGGGAAGACGCUGGUUCCCCUGCCGGUGUUCUGCCGCACAGGGAAGACGCUGGUUCCACUGCCGGUGUUCUGCCGCACAGGGAAGACGCUGGUUUCCCUGCCGGUGUUCUGCCGCACAGGGAAGACGCUGGUUUCCCUGCCGGUGUUCUGCCGCACAGGGAAGUCGUUGGUACCCCUGAUGGUGUUCUGCCGCACAGGGAAGUCGUUGGUACCCCUGCUGGUGUUCCUACUGCACAGGGAAGACUGCCUCCAGGCUUUUUAGUAAAUCAUUUUAGAACAGAUUUGAUUUUUUUUAUACAGGGACUAAGGAUUACAGCCCCAUGCGGACAAUAUGGAUAUUUUAUCCUCCCUGGGAACCCUAAACCUAGUUACGGCUGAGCACCUGUGUAUGGAUCUGCUCUUAUUUAUGCUGCUAAUGAAAGAGUGAGUGGGAAAUAAAGUCCCGUUUUAUGUG